AACAUCAACAACAACAACAAAUGCGAAAAUAAACAAUAAAAUUGUUUAACAAAAGUGCAUGAAAUACAAGUAAAACUAAAUAAACAAAGAAAAUAAAAUGUCAGGCAUACAGUCAAAGGAUACCGCAUUAAAGACUAAAGAAACGGCUAGCGAAUUAACAACAGCAACAACAACUGCAACAACAACUGCAACAACAGCAGCAACAACAAUAGGAAAGAAAACUUUAACCUCGAAUGCGGCUUUGUCAUUGUUUGAUCAGCUGAAAAACGGCGUCAAUUUGAACAGUUUGACAGUUGGUGGUGCCACAGAAGCAACAGCAACAACAACAACAGCAACCGCCACCGCCACCGCCACUGCCACUGCUGUUGCAACAUUAGCACCACCCGCCGCACCGCCAAAUAUUGACUUAAAGCCACCGCUAAAACCACCCAAGGCAACAACAACAACAACAGCUUUAACGCGCCCCUUUAGCACGCCCACUUUGUUGCCGCCCACAAGCAGUGUUGGCAUCGUGCUGGGCACAAAACGGGGCAGGGACACAACGGCUGCCACAUUGUCGCCAGCAUCGGCAGCUGCCAAAUUGGAUAUCAACGCAUUGCGAUCUCAGCUCUAUCAGGGCGCCAGAAAGACUGCAGCAACAACAACAACAACAUCAUUAACAUCAACAACAACAAAGACAACACGAACAACAACAACGGCAACAUCUCGAGCGAAUGGGAUUAUCACAAAGAAACGUUGCCUGGAUCGCUACGAUUCAUCAGAGUCAUCAGACAGCGGCGUUGCCACCUCGUUGAGCUGCGCCGAUUCCAGCACUGGCUCCAGUGAGGAUGCAUCCGAGCCAGGUUCACCGUACAGUGCGCACUCGCUAUUGAGCGACGAGCUGCUUAAAAUGCCGCCACAAAUACUCAGCGCUGCUGCCGCAGCGGCCGCUGCCGCUGCCUCCUCCUCCAGUGGCAGCAACAACACUGCAACGGCAACAGUUGCCAACAGCAGCAACAGCAACAACAACAUCAACCAAAUUGCAACGAGAGCCAACAACAUAAACAGCAACAACACUGCCAAAAUCACAACAACAACAAUAACAAACGUUCAACGCAGCAGCAACAGCAACAACAACACAUCAGCAGCAACAACAACGCUGCCCACGCUGCAAUGGCCUUGGAACACAAGUCUCGGCAGCACCUCAACUGCUGUACCCGCCUCCCCCAGCCACGCCCACUCGCACUCCUCCCCGCUCGCUGCAACCACAAAGAAACGCGCUGCUGUUGCCAGCAGUCACAGCGACAGCAGCAACACUGCCAGCAUUGCUGUUGCAGCAAAAAAGUCACGUGCUGAUUUGCACAGCAGCAACAAUCACAGCAGCAACCACAGCAACAAUCACAACAGCAGCAGCGAUAAAAGACUGAAAGCCGCCGCCUUGGAGGAAUCGCAGACAAAGAUCACGGGUUUCUUCAAGUCCCAAAUGAAGGCGACGCCAGGGAAACUGGCAACACCAUCGCCACCGCCAGCGACAACAGCAACAGCAAUAACAACCACAGCAACUGCCACGCCCAGCACGCUGACAAUGAGCACGCCAGCAACAACAGCAUCGCUGAAUAAAUACUUUAAUAUACUCUCGCAGCUGAAUGAGCCAAAGCCGCAGCAACAGCAACAACAAUCACAACAACAACCACAGCAGCAACAGCAGCAACCACAGCUACAGCAAAAGACAACAACUGUUGCUGCCACUAGUGUUGCAGCUGCCACAUUGCCGGUGCCUGCCUUGAAGAAGAUCGAGCGCAGCAGCAAGCAACCAGCUAAAAUUGCUCAAGUGGCGCCGAAUUUGCGUAAAACGCCCAGCAGCAACAGCCACGCCCACCACUCGCACGGGGGCGGCAACUCGAGCACGGGCAAAUCGCCGGCCAAGAAGCAUGUGGCAAUUGCACCGCGUACGCCGGAAAUGAAGCAGCAACAGCAGCAACAGUUGCAGCUGCAGGCAACCAAAACAUUGCUGGCAGCAACCGCGUACCGCAACAGCAGCAGCAUUAGCAGCAACAACAUCUGCAGCAGCAGCAGCAGCACCGCCACAGCAACAACAACAGUUGCUGCCAAGCCUUGCCAAAAGCUGCAACUGUCCGCCGCCCCUGCCACGCCCAAUCCCACGUUGUAUCAGCUGCCGGUGCAGUUGCCGAAUCUGGUGCAAUUGCCGCCGCAACUUGCCGCCGCCGCCAACAUCAUGCAACUGAACAAUGUGGCAAAGGCAGCAGUUGCUGCUGCCGCCAGCAACAAUGCAGCAGCAGCAGCUGCCUCUGCGCAGGCAGCACAAGCAGCAGCCGCACAGUAUUUCCUCAACGGCACCGUCUUUAAGUUGCAACAAGUGACAACGGCAACAACGACGACGGCAACCACUGCCACGGCGGCAGCAGCAACUGCUGGUGGCGUCAAUCCCUUUGGUCUGCUCAGCGCCAAUGAGUUGCAGGAACUGUUGCUCAAACAACAGCAACAGCAGCAAGCUGCCGUGGCGCUGCAACAACAACAGCAGCAGCAACACCAGCAGCAGCAGCAACAACAACAACAGACAUUGCCGGCGUUGCAACCGAUUCCCGCCUUGAGUUCCAUCUUUGAGCCAGCCACAGAGCAGCAGCAACAGUUGCAGCUGCAGCAGCAGCAACUGGCGCAACUGCUGCUCUCACAUCAGCAACAACAACAGCAGCAGCAACAUCAACAGCAGCAGCAUCAGCAACAACAGCAACUUAUCACUGCCACACAGCCACCGCCGUUGACUGCAGCAAACAGCAGCAGCAACAGCAACACUGCCAGCAACAACAACAGCAAUGCCUCGAAUAAUUUAAGCAACAACACUGCCCUGCUGCCACAACAGCAACAUCAGCAACAACAACAACAACAGCAACAACAACGUGCCAUCAUCAAGGGACCUCCCCCUCUGGUAACCAUCUCCUCCACCUCCUCCCUUAGCAAUGUUGCCGCCAAAUCUCGCACAUUGCCAGCCGCCCUCGCCAAACCCUAUCAAAAGCGUGCCUCCCCCCAGCAACAUCAGCAGCAGCAGCAGCAACAACAACAACAGCAGCAACAACAAAUGGGCAAAUGCAAAUACACAGCAAUUGCCACGCCCACAACGCCGCCGCCUUUGGUGCCAACCAGCACGCCAGCAGCAACAGUUGCUGCCAAGGAGUUGCAGCAGUUGCGUAAGAGUGCCACGCCCACAACAACGCCCACGCCACCACUGGUGAGCAUUGCACCUGCCAAAUUGACGCCAACACUCAGCAUUGCUAAGCAGCAGCAACAGUUGUCGCCAGCUGCGACAACAGCAACAGUUGCUAAGAUCUCAAGCACUGCCGAUCUGUUUGAUCUGGUCAAGAACUCAAAUGGUGCCAUUAGCAUUGUGGGCAAGUCGACAACAUGCUGCUCCUCCCCCUCCUCCUCGCUGACGGCGUUGCCCUACGGCUCGCCGAGCAGCAGCAACAGUUGCAGCAACAGCAACAACUCGACACUCUCCGCUCACUCGUCGAGCACAUUGUCGGCAUUUGGCAAAUCGUUGGUGGCCAUCAAAGCGGAGCCCAUGGAGGAAACUCUGUCGGCAGCAGCGACAACAACAUCAUCAUCAUCAUCAGCAUCACCAGCAACAACACCUGCCCUCUCACUCUCCCUGAAGCCACAGAGCUUUGCCGGGCAAUUGCCGAGCACACGGCGAGAGAGCAAUGUGAAGCACGAGUUGCUGACGGAGUGCAACUCCAAUUGCAGCAGCAACUACAGCAACAACAGCAACUCGGUCAGCUCUGCAGCGGAUCUGUCGCUGGAGGCAUCGACACCAGCAUCGCUGAGUUCGGUUCCCAUGUCAUCGCCGGAGGGAAAUGCCAGUCAACAGGAUAUGCUCAGUGAGAUGGUCACCUCGUCCUGCAACUCCAGUGGCACCGAGGAUUGCUCCCAGACAGACACAGCAGCAAUGCUGCCAACGCUGACAACAGCAGCAGCAGCAGCCACAACAACAUCUGAAGUAGCAGCAAGCGCAGCUAUUGCAGCUGUGACAACAGCAACAUCUCUGUGCAGCAGCAACUACGAUGAGGAGGAUGACAAAUCGGUGGCAUCCUCGGAGACAGCAACUCACAAGCGACUCACGCCCGAGUCCGGAAUUGGCGGCAGCCUCAGCAACAGCGAAAGCAGCAACUCAAUUGCAGAUGCCAUCUCGACAAAGUCAGUUUGUCCGCCCGCCUCGUCGGCCAGCAACAGCAGCAACAGUUGCAAUGCCUCCGACAGCAACUCGAUGGCCAGCAACGCCCCCUCACCCGCCUCGCCGAGCAAUGAUGAUUGCUCGGUUUCUGUUUCCGGCUCCGCAUCCGCUUCCGGUUCCUGUUCAGCACCAGCAACACCCGCCUGUCCGAGCACCAUGGUGGACACGGCGCUGGCAGAGAUCGCGAGUAAAUCGCUGCCCAAGUGUGCCAUAUCGCCGAUCCUGUCGCAACCCAAGACGAUACGCUUCCCGGCCGGCGCUGGGGCAGGUGGCAAGGGUGCAAAGCGGCAUGAUGGCGUCUGCUAUUGGGACAAGUGCAACAAGAAGCACGAGAGCAACUCGAAGCUCUUGGAUCACAUGCAGACGCAUCAUGUCAACACCCAAACCGGUCCCUUCGCCUGCCUCUGGGUCGGCUGCAAGGUCUACAAUAAGGAAUCCUGCUCCCGCCGUUGGCUCGAGCGACACGUUCUCUCCCACGGCGGUUCCAAGCAAUUCAAGUGUAUUGUCGAGGGCUGCGGCCUGCGCUUUGGUUCUCAGCUGGCACUGCAGAAGCACGUGAACAACCACUUCAAUGCCACCGACAAUGCCAAGGAGAGCACCAACAAACGCACCUCCGAUCCCCCCGUGCCCAAGCAACUGCGCAAGAACGGCAAGAAGUUGCGCUAUCGUCGACAACCCUUCUCAGCUCGCAUGUUUGAUUUCUUUGACACGGGGAUUAUGGAGGGACUGCAGCAUCGUCUGCGCCAGAUCAGUACGCUCACCAACGGAGCACAGGCGAUCACGUUCCAGGGUCAAUGUCUGAUGCGUCGCCGGAAUAGUCAAGGCAGCUACGAGUGCUUUGUACGCUGGUCGCCACGUGAAAUCAUCUCGGAUGAGUGGCUGCCAGAGUGUCCGAAUCGAACCAAGCAGCACACGAAGGUGUUGCACAUUAAGCACAUGCGUCCGUCGGAGAAGACACGCGUAGACAGUCUUCUGAGCACCGCCUACAGACUGCGCUACGAUGCGCAACUCUUUGCCGAUGAUUACAAUGUGAAUGCGCUGCAGUUGCAGCAACAGGACGCAGAUGAUCUAAGUGGCAGCGAGUGUGCUGCCAGCGAGGCAGAUGAGGAUGACGACGAUGACGAUAACGAUGAUGAUGAUGAUGAGGAUGAAGAUGAAGAUGAUGGCGUCUCGGGCACAAUAAGCUCAAGCAGCUGCACAGUCUCCAGUUAUCAGCAGGUGCUCAGCAUUGCCAAGCUGCAGAUGCAACAGCGUGGCAAGCAUCCACGAAAGCCACCCAAGGCGACGACGACAACAACAACAACAACAACGGCAGUCAAACCGCAGCUUGUGCCAACAGAUGCCCUGGUGCCCAUUUAGAAAGUAUUUGCUUAAGUAAUUAUUAUGAAAUACACCCCAAAAAACACACACACAACAAAGGACAAACGAGUAAACAGUGACAAGUAGUUUAUAUAUACAUAUAGUUUUUAUAAGGCCCUAGAUCCCACAGCCCACCACUUCCCCAAAAGUAUCACAUGCAUAUACAUACUAUAAAUAAUUACAAGCCCAUAACCCAAACACAAACUGUAUAUAGAAAUCGCUUCAAUAUCAUCCCAAAAACACAAUUUAAAAAAAAAAACAAAAAAGAAAACUUAACAAAAAGGCGUGAACAAAGUUGAAUAACUUGUAUACUUAUUUAUAAUGUUAGCUAUUUAAUCGUAAUCCUAAUUAGUUGUUAAGUAAAUUCUGUAAAUUGUGAACUGCCUAAACGAGAGUAGAAAAGAGUAAAGUGAGUAAACGCGCCACAGACAAGACUUGUUCCCAAUUCAUGUUCAAUGUUUCGUAUUCCUAGUUCGUAUUGUAGUUUCAUCUGUAAUUAGUUAUCAUUUAAAUGUAAUUUAUCAUUUCGAUUCUUUUUCCCUUACAUCUCUAUGCCUCCCAUCGUUUCAAUGUAUUCCAAAACUUCCAUUUUAAAGAUAACAAAAACUGACAAGAUUUGCAAA